AAUAAAAUAAAAGAAAAAAUCAGAAACACAGAAUGUUGGACAAUUCACUAUAGACGUCUUCAGAGUUAAGAAGUUUAAAGAACGAAAUACCAGAAAUAUAUACACGUAUUAUCAUAUUCAAACGGGAAUUUCCGACAGUUUCGUUUUCGUUUGCAACACACACGAUAAACGACAUAUGUAUACACUUUUAUACAAAGAACGCAUCAACAGCGGAUCAAUGCAAUAAAUAACACAGUGUAAGAAUAUCGGCCAACAUCAAAUAUGUCCAGAACUAUUAAAGAAAUAUUGAUUGAUGAUUUCUUGCAAUGUAGCAUUUGCAUGGAUACAUUCAAAAACCCGAAAGUACUCAAAUGCCUACAUACCUUUUGUGAGAAAUGCAUUCUAUCAUAUAUUACUCAGCAAAGAAGCUUAUUGCUUGAAGACAGAAGAAUUGACAUCUCGUGUCCACUGUGUCGGACAAGAAUCGAGACCAGUUCGUGUGUGGAUUUGAAACUUCAAACUAAUUACCAAGUACAAAAUUUAUUAGAGAUAAUACAGGGUUCUCCUAGCCAUGAACUUUUCAUACAAUGUUGGAGAGCAAAAUCCAGACUUACGCUAGACAUGACACAAGCUAUAGCUAUUUCUGAGAAAAGCCGUUGCAGAUAUCUUGAGGAAACCAUCGACGAACUUGAAAAAACCAUUAAAGAUUUACGAAGGCAGUUAAUGGAGGAAAAUAGCAGUUUCAGUUAUCUUGAACUUCAAUCUGACGUUUCUGACUUACGAAGAGAGCUAGAGGAGGAAAAUAGCAGUUUCAGUUAUCUUGAACUUCAAUCUGACGUUUCUGACUUAAGAAGAGAGCUAGAGGAGGAAAGGAAACGUAACAGUUACCUACAUACAAGUAACAACUUACAGCAGUCAAGCAUUGAUAAACUAAAAAGACGGCUGGCUGAGGGAGAAAAGCAAUGCAGUGACCUUCAUGUCAGUAAUAAAGCACUCCAGACAAGCAUUUGUGAAUUACAAAGAGAACAUGCUGAGGAGCAAAAAAGAAAAAGUGAUCUCCAAACAAGAAACUCUGCUCUUUGGACCGAUUUGACCAAAUUACGAAAACAGCAAGCGGAGGUAGAGGAACGUUGCAGUGUCCUUCAAACCAGCAAUAUUGCACUACAGUCACGAAUUACCGAAUUACAAAAGGAACAGGCUGAGGUAGAGGAACGUUGCAGUGUCCUUCAAACCAGCAAUAUUGCAUUACAGUCACGAAUUACCGAAUUACAAAAGGAACAGGCUGAGGUAGAGGAACGUUGCAGUGUCCUUCAAACCAGCAAUAUUGCACUACAGUCAAGAAUUACCGAAUUACAAAAGGAACAGGCUGAGGAGAACAAGAGGAAACAUGAACUCCAAGCAAGAAACAAUGCCUUUCAGACUGAUAUGAUUGACUUGCAAAAACAACAAGAGAAGUUUGAGAAAGACUUGGAAAAUGAAAAGCGCGAGAAAGCAAAACUCAAGGUGCAGCUCGAAGAAAACGAUAUGACAAUUGCUCAUUUGCGUGAAGCUGUUGAUAAAAUAGGAGAUACGUGUUUUGCACUAAAGGAGCGUAACGAAGACCUUGAAAAGAUGGUUGCUGAACUGAAAAUGGCUAAUCAGUAUACAGACAAACGUUCAUCAGGCAUUUUUCAGAUGCUGCCAAGAGUGUUUCAGAGAAAAGGAGACGGAAACGAAAGUCAUGGAAAUAGAAAUUGCGAUGCAGAGUAAGUUUUCAGUGGCAGAAUAUGUACAGAUCUUUGAUCGUGGAUGAUAGACUUUUACAAGAUAUACAUUUGAUACAAGUAUCAUAUCAGCGGAGAAGAGCUUUUAAAAAAAGGUGACAAUGAAACUCCCUGGCAUUAAGAUGAAAAACAAACCAUAGAUAAAGAAAGAAUUAAUGGAAAUACUCCGUUUUGAACAAAAGAAGAAACGUUAACAAAAGGACAGUUUGCACUGGAGGACAUACAUUUUAAACCCAUAAGUCGUGGUAAUCUUUGUGAUUGUAUGCAUAUAAUACAAGUGCUAAUAUGAAAAUACCGUCACCCAGCCAUAUUUAUUCAUCUCAUCCGAGAAAACUACGGCCUGUGUAUAUAAAUUGAAAAUGUUUUUGUUUCGGUGGAGUGCGAGUUCUAGUUAUGAUACUGACCAUUUCUUUGGUUAUUUCUAUACAAAAUAUAAUCUCAUUACAUACUUAUAAACUCCAUGCCGUUUUAAUUUCAUAUCGGCUGGGUAAUGUCAAUUUUGACAUCAAUUUCAUUUAUGUCGUUGCGUUUAAAAAUAUUUAACGAAAAUAUUUUCAAUUUUAACCAAGCUAAAGAACAAAAUGAUAUCAUUUAUAUGAUAACCAGUAAGUGAAGAUGCGUAUGUGUUGAACAGAUUUUUGGAUUUAUAUUGAGAAAUGUGCACGGGAUCUGAAGCGGAAACGUUGCACUACUUGUGAAGCCUCUAGAUUGGAGGAUCCAUUUCUAUAAAGUAAGUAACAAAAACGCGUUUAAUUCCUUCACACAGUAAUACAAAUUCGUAUUUUUUCUAAAAAUAAAGCAUAACAUAAUAUUGUCACCGUGUUAAGACAUUUUGUCUAUUUUUUUUCCUAAUGCGCUUCCCGGGCCGCCCAGAUCGUUUAUUUAAUAAUUCACAUAUUUAUAAUUCAACAAACCAAACUGCUAUGUCCAAGUAGAGUGAUUUUAUGCAUGAUAAGAUAUUACAAAGAAUGGCUGCAGUUCAAUGGUGUUGUCUUUCAUGAUUCUAGCGGCAAUAUUUUGCCACGAACAUUGUAAUGGCAUCCCUAAUCAGUUUAAAGCUGACGGUUCUGCGCGUUUCGUAGCAUAGCGCAGAACGAAUGACUUAUCAUAAUAUAGCAUAAAUAGUAGAGGCAAAGUAUAAUUGGCUCGAAUCAUUAAGCAGUUUAUUUAUGUGGUAUUUGUCAAAGAAUUGACAGAUUUGCAUGUGGUUUUGGUUCUUCGCUAACCUCACCCACACAGGCUAUAAACUUACUUUGCUAUUCAAGUGUGUGUGAACUGAUUAUUAACAUUAUAUACUUUGGUUAGACCCGUUAUUUCGUAAUAGCGUUCUAUGAAAUCAUAUUGAUUGUCGUGCAAUACAAUCGCUAGUAUAGCCACAUUUCUUACCAAGUCAAAGUCUGUAAUACAUCAUUUUUGAAAUCAAUAUAUGGGCUCUUUAUUUUCGUGUGCAGCCGGUGUUCCUCUGAUGAAAUAGCGAUCACUUUUUAAUCAGUAUAUACAAUAUUUUGAUUGACAUGAACAGUUAAUAGAUUGUUCAAAUAUCAGUGCAACUGCAGUUUAAAUAUUUUUGAUCUACUGGAUCUUAGCAUGUAGAGUUACAUGAAAAUGUAUGAAAGUAAUAUGAAUGAAAAUGUUGUAAUAUAUAAAGCUAUGUAUAUAAUGUCUAUAAAUGUUGUUUUUAAAUGGAAAUAUAUGUUGUUGCGUAAAUGUAAUCAUAGUUUAUGGAAAAUAUAUAAAUGCAUAUCAAACAUGUCAUCUAAAUAAACCUGUCGCAAGUCUUUAACAACUUCAAACAGGUGUCUGUUUUUUGUACAGAGUGAUGUUAAGACAGGCAUGUUGAAUCAAAGCGCUCAAGGCACUGAUUGUAAGCUGCAAUUGGCGCUAGUUAGUUUGUAAAAUACUUAAAGGAAAGGAAGCAGGUGACAUUGCUUUAUACAAGAUGAUUCAAACGAUU